CACAGGGCUGAGGAAGAAAGCAGACGCCGUGGAGAACCCUUUUGUACAUCGUAAUCAUCGAGGUCCAUAUCCUCAGCUGGCCACCGGUGGCGCCGCAAUGCAUUGGCAUCGCAUACUCUUCAGCCUGCUAACCUGUAGACUAACCCAACUUCAGCUCUCGCAUUCUAUUCUUAUCGCGAUACAAAUGCCUCAGUCAUAGCAGCCAUCCCGCUCGUUUUUGCUUCUCCGGAAACUAUGUCUACAGAACAGAAAGAAGAAUCGGCCAGGACGAAGCGCUUGCUCAUUCGUCCGCUGCGUCUCGACGAUGCCAACGACGUCUUUCUCAUGCGAUCGAAUCCGGAGGUGAUGGAAUUCACGUCCGCUUUACCUUCUACAGACAUCCAAAAAUCUAGAGACUGGGUCUCGGACUGCAUCACCCGUUCCAACUGCCACAACUUCUCCAUGGAGCUGCUGCCCUCUGCUUCCACUACUACAUCCUCCCCAGAAGAGAAUGCCAUGCCCGCACCGCGGGUGAUUGGCGUCAUUGGAGCCAUGCGAACACCAGAAGUAGGAUACAUGAUUAAUGCGGAAUACUGGGGGAAGGGAUACGCUUCGGAGGCCCUGCAGGGCUACAUGCCGAUUUUCUUCGAUCACUACUCCGGCGAGGAAAGGCAUGACUUCGCGGAUGCGCUUGUAGAUACAACACAUGCGCCUAGUCGGAGAGUGUUGGAGAAGGCUGGCUUCAAGCUAUUAGAGAUCCGAGAGCGCGACUUUAAGAGUCCGACGCAAGGAAUACGAGAUACAUGUGUUUAUCGAAUGGCAAGGCCAGCAUAAGAUCUAGAGAACGAAUCGACGCUAGCUGCAGUACAGCAUUGAAUCAAGUGUAUAGGUAGCUUAUGAAAUAGACUUCGAGCUGUGAUGAUUCUUGGAGCGAGUUAGCAG